GUCCCGAUCGUUUUUAUCGAAGCUGAUGGCACGGAGCGGGAAGUAAAUGCUGAGAUCGGCAAGAACUUGCUCGAUGUAGCUCACGACAACAACGUGGAGUUGGAAGGAGCUUGUGGCGGCGAGCUUGCUUGCUCAACAUGUCACUUGAUUUUUGAGCCUCAGAUUUACGCCAUGUUACCUGAAAAGGAAGAUGACGAAGACGAUAUGUUGGACUUGGCGUUCGAAGUGACUGAAACGUCGAGGCUUGGAUGCCAAAUAAUUGUACAGGAGGAGUUUGCAGGCACAAAGGUAAGCGUUGGACAGAGCUUUAAGGAUAUG